AUGUCUUCUGAAGGCCAAGCAUCUAAUAAACCACCAAAGUCAGCCGGUAAAGAUUCUUGUUGGGCAUAUGCUGAGCGGGUUGGUAAUGAUGCUUUAAAGGUUCGGUGCAAGUUUUGUGGGCAGUCUAUGUGUGGAGGCAUAAGCCGGUUCAAACAACACUUGGCUGGAAUCAAAGGGAAUUGUUUGCCAUGUGAGAAGGUCCUCGGAGAUGUGAAGAAAAAAGUAAAUAAAAUCAUUGAUAGUGCUAAGAAGAAUAAGGGUGCAAAGGAGUUGAAAAUGCAGGAUUUACUCGAUGACGUUCAUAUCGGGGAGGAAGAGGGAUAUGAAGGGAGUGUGACCGCAUCUACUCAGAGUCAGAGAAGCUCAUCAUCAUCCUCCUUCAAGACGAAAGGGCCAAUGGACGCUUUUGCGGGCCGCUCUCAUGAGGAGUCAGCCGAACUAGUAUUAAAAAUGAAACAACCAGUGAUGGACAGCAAGUAUAGGAAGAAGGUAAGAGAUGAUGUGAACAGGUACAUUGGGAGAUGGUUCUAUGAAGCUGGCAUCCCUUUUAAUACCGCAAGUAUUCCUUCUUUCAUACAAAUGGUGCAUGCUAUUGGAAAGUUUGGAGCCUUCUUGGAUGCUCCGACACCAUAUGAAUUGAGGGAGACUAUUCUACAGAGAGAGGUGGAUGAGACAAGGGAGAUCAUUGAAAAUUUUAAGAAGAGUUGUGCACUUAACGGGUGCUCCAUACUGACCGAUGCUUGGAGUGAUCGAAAGAUGAGAAGUAUUAUGAAUAUAGUUGUGCAUUCAGAUGGAGGAAUAGUAUUUUUGGGUUCAUGUGAUGCAUCAGGCGACAAGCAUGAUGCGAAUUAUAUAUGCAAUUAUGUGGAGAAAGCAAUUGAAGAGUUGGGGGCACAGAAUGUUGUGCAAAUUAUCACAGAUGGAGCUUCAAAUAACAUGGCAGCCGCAAAAAGCUUAGCAAUUAAGAAGCCAAAUAUAUUUUGGACAACUUCCACACGAGAUCUCUUCAUGUGA